AUGGCGCCAAGAACAGAUUCCGUCUCGUUGGGAUCUCUUUCUCGAGUAUCAAAACACUCCUACACUAUAGUUAGCCCAAUUCAAGACGAAAUAUCCGAGAAUGACAAAUGUGGGACUGAUACCACACGGAAUCCAGAUGAGGGUGACCGAGAGCCACAAAAACCAACACUUUUAGCUCCCCCAUCGGCAAGACUGCAUCGCUCCGGGUAUAUCCUAUUCAUCGUGUUUUUGUACAUUGGCUUGGCGAUCUUCGCAUGGGUGGUGAACUGUUAUCUAUCAUUUCGUCCCAUCACCACCAAACAUUACGACCUGCGUGCCCUUGAUAACAGCAACUGGGCAGAGCCUGACAGGAAGUUCAAAAAUCCUCUUUUCGGUCGCAAUGAACAAUGGUAUCGCGCUGCUCGAAUUAUCCAGUCGGUUGUCAGCGUUUUGACCAUUCCACUGACCUCCGCAGUCUGCUCCAGCGCAGCAGUCGUUUUCAUUCAACGAAGAGCCCACAAAGGUAUCACAGUCCGGCAAGUGAUGACACUGGCAGAUAAAGGCUGGGCCGAUCUCGCAACCUACGCCAGAAUUCUUCCAUUCUUCGCAACCGAUGGAUGGAAACGGUUUGGAAGUUCAUUUCUUUUGCUGGCUAUAUUUCUGAAUUUUCUUGGUUCGGUGAUAUCGCCGCUACAGCAAAUGUUUCUCUCCACUCGCACUAUCAAGAUACCAACUUACCCUUCCUGGAUUAAUGGUCAACUGGAUAUCCCAGAUCAGUUUAAAGGUGACGCUGAUGAUGAUUCGAACCUUGUUGUGGCCAUAACACGCAGCGCUUUAACUUCAACGACGAUUUCAGAGGUCCAGUCCCAGCUCUGGCAGGGCGCCAAUGUCACUUGCGUGUUAAAGUAUGGCUCCGAGAAAUUACCACAGUCCUGUAGCUACGGCGGUAAUACUUUGGCAGAUAUGUCUCAACUAACGGAGCCAUUUCUGGCGGAGCUCCCGAGUGACUAUAACACUGGACUUUAUCAACAAUUUAUCCCUCGAUUCAAUUCGAGUGCUCAGUAUGACAAGAUUGCCCAAACUGAGUUCCCCACCGGAUGCGACAAGAUUGAUGGUGCCUUCUAUGUCGACUAUACGAACGUUACUACCGACCCUAACGGCCUCGUGUAUACCUGGGGAGUGCAGGCGUGUAUGCCUCGGGACCUCACCACGUCGCCAUGGAAAUCGACCCGGGACCGCCAAGACUUCACCGAAGAGCUUUACUUGAAUGUGACAUUGAUUCAAUAUGACGUGGACAAACUGAACAAGGACCAGCAAAAUAAUACUUUCUAUAAAGUGACGCUCGGCACAACUGCUGGUUAUUUUGAGUUACCGAACUAUAUGAAUGGCGAAAUUGCUGGGCCCUUGCUGGAAAAGGAUCCCAAUGGACUCUGUGGAGAACAUUGUGAACCAGAGACGAUCAACGGCGAUGAGGAGCACAAGAUUGGAGAUAAGCGACGCGAUCUCAACACUGCGAUUGAUUCAACUCUGCCGCUUGAAGUAGUUGCCAACAAAGGUCCCCUACUGACAAUAGCUAUGGCGUUAUUCGGUGACUCGUCUUUUAUUCAUAGUCUUCAGGCACAUCCCCAAGCUUAUGCUUCCGUCAUUGAUUUCAAUGUGCCUGUGGAGCAGGUCCCCGCAUACGCAGGGUCUUGUGUCGAUCUAGCUCCCCUAGCUAUCCUUCUCGCCGGGACCAGCGGCGAGGACGACAGUACUAACGGCAUCAAUUACUGCAUCAGCAAUACAGAUGGAGGCGUGAACGGCACUGAUGUCAACACGGAAGUCGCCCAGUGGAUCUCCAAUUUCAACUACGACCAAGAACGCGUCAGAAAUGCCUUUGACGCUACCGCGUUUUUGGCAAACAAAGCCUGGAUGCAGAAUAGCGUUAGCCCAGCAGAAAAGUCAUUGACGGUGAAUUUCGAUCUCGGCGCGGAUACACAAAUUCCUGUUAUAUCUGUAGGUGGCAUGAUCUUUGUUUCUAUCCUCCUUGGAUUGUACAUUUUGAUGCUCAUCCCGCUUGCCAUCUACGCCGCUUGGUCACCUCGUUGGACUGCACAGCUUGAUUCGUUUGCCAUGAUGAGAAUCGGGGCCGCUAUUACCGAAAAGCUGCCUUUGACUGUUGGUCAGAACAAAAACACGAUCAAGUCCCUGGAAGAGAUUCCUGGGUGGGUUGGCGACACAUCUGGGGAGCAGGAACCGCUCGGGAGGUUAGGACUUGGUGCGGGGAGGUCUCUAGCUUCAAGAGCGAAUCGGCGGUUUGAAUGUGAAGAGGAAGAUGACGAGGAGGUCACAGCCGAAGAGAAGUAA